AUGGAUGAAAAGUACCAGGCUAUACCGUUUUCAAAUGCGACAGCAGAAAAUGGAACCGUGCAGCCCAACAAGGUUGAAGGAUUUAACUUUGCCAAAGAAAUUGCAACGCUGCUAACGAUUGCAGCGGCGAUUGUACUCAUUAACAGUGUAGUUUUUUAUCUGUUUAUCAAGGAGAAGGUUUUGCGAACUACGUCAAACUACCCACUUUUCAGCUUGGCUGUCUGCGACUUCAUCUGUGGUUUCGUCGUUAUUCCUUUGUUUACAACAAUACACUUUACUUCACUGGUUGAGUCUUCGGAAGCGAAGUUCUAUCUGGGAUUCCUGGUAACUGUUCUUCACAACUUGGUAGCUAUCGCCACGGUGUACCAUAUUGUUGUUGUCACGGCAGAACGAUAUAUCGCCAUUAUCUUUCCCCUGAAACAUCGAGUGAUACGCAAGAAAUGUAUCCAGAAGGUUUUAGUUAUUGUUUGGAGCUGUUCGCUGAUGAUCUCAUUGAUCCCAUACACAUGGAUUGAUAAGAUUUUUCCAGUGUAUCACCCAGAAUGUUCUAAAUACGUGCUUGGUUUCACCGCAUUCUGUCUGUUGUUCGCCAUGAUUGUACCAUACGUCUUCAUGGUGUUCGCGUUUGCUCAUAUGUCCAAAGCCAUUCAUGCAACAUCUCCAAAAAAGUACCAACGAGCGACCUUCCAAGGACGAAGACACAGUCUGCAUUUGAAGCCAACCUCGGGUGAAUGGAAGUGUUUGGUACUGUUUGCCAUCAUGGCUUUUGUAUUUUUCGUGUGCUGGGCUCCUUGGUUCGUACUAUCUCUACUACACCACUUGCCAAUAUCCUUGAGACUUGGUUCAAUAUCUCAAGUUGCCCUCCUUAUCAGGUACACUACUUCCGUGGUCAAUCCAUUACUUUACACCUUUCUCAAAAGAGAUUUUCUUCGAGCUUUAAAGCUCGUAUUCAGAGCCAAUGGAUUGAGUAGGCGAUUAUCUUCCACCUUCUCAGUCUUCUCACUGAGGCGACCAACCUUGCAGACAGAUCCUAAUCACAGCCCAGGAGAGUUUCUGCCAGGCAGAGACAGUCCGCCGUUGUUGGCAUUCCAGCGUGAAGUUUGUUUCGAGAGUACACUGUGA